AUGGGUUACAACGCCAGAGAAGAAUACCUCUACGCCGUGAGUCAAGACAGCGAUGACUGGAAGGUCAUUCGUAUCUUGUCCAAUGGCUCGAUACAAGACAUUGCCCCGAUCAAGAAACUCACGACUGGCGGGUUCAACUCCGGAGAUGUCGACGAGAACGGCCAGUACUGGAUCUCGACCGGCGGUGCUGAUUGGUACCAAUAUAACUUCAACCCCGGUACAGCUGGUUAUGGUACUCUCAUCGGCAACGGAACUCUGGCGGGUACGGGCGGUUACACCAUCGGUGAUUGGACGGUUGUCCCAGGUGUCGGUGGUGGCGAUCUGUGGUCCGUCGGUGUCAAGGGCCAAAGCGCAUUCCUCUUGCGUUGGAACAGGACGACCAAGCUUUUCACACUUGUCCGCGAGCUCGGCAACUUGACAGGCGCUACUGGGACGACCGUUCCUUUCUGGGGUGCUUCUUACGCAACCAGCGACGGGUAUCUCUUCGCCUUCGAGAACGGAAGUGGCCAGGUUUGGCGUAUUUCCGUUGCCGGUACUGCCGCCAACCUGAGACUGAAUGAUGCUCCACCAAGCAGUUCAAACGAUGGUGCGCGUUGUGUGGACUCUGGUGUUAUCAAUGUCGGCACCACCUGA